AUGUCUUUCUUGCAGUAUCUUACGCAAGCGGACAUCACAUCGAGUGACUGGUUCCAUCAGGAGAAACAGCAGAUAAAAAGCCAGACCAUUAACGGCAAUGCGGAUAGCAUCGAGCUCAAGAAAAACGGAACCGAGGAAGCAUUCCGCAACGGGAUCCAAUACAGGUUUCAGUCGCUGUUUCAUUCAGGCACGCUCGGAGGCCACAAAGCAGACAGGAAGCCAUAUCGAUGGGCGUACAAGAGUAUCGAGCAAGAGGUAGCAGACGGCAACGAGGACGGCGAGAGCUGCUGUGAGAAACUCAAGCUGGAUAGUCAACCCGGUCAACACAUUUCAAUCAAAUCAUGCAAGAAGAUGAAAGAGCUCAGACUCGUUCUGGUAGUGGUUGUUGCAAGGUCUUCGCAUGGACGAAGAAUUCCAAAAAUUCGAUGCAGUUCAAAGACUCCUUCGCUCAGAUCACAUGGCAUCCUGCGAUACAACCUUGGAAGAGGCGUUGAAGAGAGCGUCUUGGAUCUACGACGGCGUGCGCAGCAUACCGAAGAUACUUCACUUGUAGUGUCGACUCGCCAAUUUCCCACUGGAUUUACGGAUAUAUCGAGCUACUCUGGUUUCGGAAACGCAACCAAUGGGCCACAGUAUCAGUUAAUGGUUUUUUUCGAAGCGAGCGGUAUCGGCACUCAGUCCCAAAGCCGGCGCUCAUCUCAAGGCAGGAAAGCUGUGCGGAACAUAGUCAGCGCAAAUGCUACGCGGUCCACGCUCGAACCCAAGUCGAUCGAAUUACAGCCACCUUUAUGUGUUGGCAUGCCGGCUGCAAAUCUGCUUACAGUGGCCGGAGAACCCACCAGAGCAGUCACUGCUCAGAGAUCCAGGCCCAACAAAAUUUCUAGCAUUGGGGCUAAUCGGCUUUACGUGAGAUCCCGUGUUGUGACUGCGAUCAACGUCUGGAAGACUCAUCGCUCGAAGCCCCCUAAGACCAGGAAUGCGGUGGUCCUUGGCGGAAGCGAACAAGCGAAUGUCAUGCCGCAGGCUUACCUUUGGCUUCACGACAUAGUUGGUAGAGUAGCAGGGUCCGAGUAUAUCCUGGAGUGCCUUCUCGUCUUCUUGCCACUUGCGCUCAAUGCUGUCCGCGUUGCUCUUAUCACGAUUAUGGAACGGUGGAAGCGAUCAUAUGAAGCACCUCACACUGAACAGCUCGACAACCCGCAGUCUACGAUGAGAUGCCAGACAUUUGCAGAUCAUCACUCCACACACAAUACCCUCCACAUCUCACGGCUCUGGACACUUCGGAUAGAUCUUCGUAGUCUUGCCCACGGCAUUUCUACGCCGGCUCAGAGGAGCUCACUCCCUCGCACGUUGCAGCCUCCUCGCUCUUGUCUUGACCGUCUAUUUCAAUCAUACCCUUCAGAUCGUAGUGGCAGAUCAACAUCAGCUACACUUCCUCGGGCCCAUGCUUGCCAGCAUGCAAAGGUUUCGUUUCAGGAUGAGAUUAUGGAGCAUGAACCAAGUCUCGUGCGCAGCUUGGAACAAGGAACGCGUAAUGCAUCCAAAAGAAAAGUGGUCUCCAGUCUGGCGAAGUUGCAUAGUUGGAAAGAAGUGCCAGCUGAUGCCGCUGGAGCCCCUCUAGGCAUACUAGGUACUCUACAGAAAGCUUUCGAAUGUUGA